AUGGGGUCAUUCCACUCCAUGGUGGCCCCUAUUCCAUCAUAUGUGUCUUAUUUUCAUAUUUGGUCAAGUCAUCCUAAAUGUCUAAUUUUUGUUUCAGAUUCAAGGUUCACACAACAAGAACUUCCAGCUUACAAACCAAUUCUAACACCCGUAUGGGUUAUAUCAAUGUUUAUCACUGUUGGAAUUAUCUUCAUUCCUAUAGGACUUGUUUCUUUGUCUGGAUCAGAGCAUGUUGUGGAGGUUGUGCGGGAGUAUGAAACAGACUGUAUUCCUCCUUCUAAGAGAAACGAUAAACUUAGUUAUAUUAAGGAUCCUACUACCAACAAAACAUGUUCACUACGUAUGAUUGUUCCAAAGCAAAUGAGAAGUCCUAUUUAUAUAUACUAUCAGCUUGAGGACUUCUAUCAAAACCAUCGGCGAUAUGUGAAAAGUCGAAAUGACAAGCAAUUAAGAAAGAAGGCGAACGAACAAUUGACAAAGGGAUGUGAACCAGAAGCAAUUGUAGGUACUGAUAAAGCACCAAUUGUUCCGUGUGGUCUAAUUGCAUGGAGUCUGUUCAACGAUACAUACGCGUUCUUUGUGGAUUCAAACCCAUUGCAAGUCAAUAAGAACGGCAUAGCAUGGGAAAGUGAUCGUAAACACAAAUUUGGAUCCGAUGUUUAUCCUAAAAACUUCCAAAUUGGCGACCUUAUUGGUGGCGGAACACUCAAUUCAAGCAUUCCUCUUAACGAACAAGAAGAUCUAAUCGUAUGGAUGCGAACCGCUGCACUUCCGACUUUUAGGAAGUUGUAUGGGAAGAUAGAGCAUGAUCUUGAAGCUAAUCAAGAGCUAUCAGUUGUUGUGGAGAAUAAUUAUAAUACUUAUAGUUUUGGGGGGAAAAAGAAGCUCGUUCUUUCUACGACGAGUUGGAUAGGUGGGAAAAACGAGUUCCUUGGUGUCGGAUAUCUAAGUGUUGGUGGUUUGUCCUUAACCAUUGCAGUAGCAUAUACACUACUUUACAUCAUCAAGCCGAGGUUAGUGAUCAAUCGAUUCGUAUUUUGUUUUAGAAGGUUGUUUCCGAUAGUUGUUGCUUCCUAAUUUGUUGUUUGUAUUGGUUCUAUCAUGUAGAACUAUUACAUGGAAUUUCAUUGCAUUCAAUUAUCUCAAUGUCAUCCGGUCACUUUUAUUAUUGGUGGGGUUUAGAGGGAUUGAAUGUUUAUAAGGGUCAAAGGCUCAGGGAAUGCCUCUGAGACCUUUAAUCACUUAUAGAGGUUGUACGAAAACCAACUCAAUUAAAAGCUUUCGCUGAUGGUUGACGCCAUAGGAUAUGUUUUAUGCUCUAACGCGUACCCUCACACGAGAAGACUUUGGGCUAGACCUGUAUUAUUCCUUCUCAGGUGCGAAAUAUUCCACUUGAAUUUGAGGGGUGAUUGAGAUUUGAAUCCAUAACCUCUUAUUACUCUUAUAUCAAAUACCAUGUCAUGAAACCAACUCAACUAAAAGCUGAAGCUGAUGGUUAAAGCCUCAUAAUAUAUUAUAUGCUAUAACAGAUGACUCACUAACCCAAUUUUUUUUGAUUUAUAGAUUAUAGAUUGCUACAAUUUUGUUGUGUGUGUAUUUUAGUAAGUAUUGAAUUUGUGUGUUGUAAUUUUGUUUUUUGGCUUAUAUCUCAUAUGUGGAUUUAUGGUCAUGCAGAGCAAUUGGAGAUCCAAAUUACCUAUCGUGGAAUAGAAAUCCAGCACAAAUACUUAAUUAGUUUAUUUCUUACCAAAUAAAUCCUAAUAAAAAUUUAAAUAACUCCUAAAAAUAGAUAGUUAAAUCGAACUUAACUAUAUGUACCAACCAAAUAAGCUCCCCACUACUAGUAAAUUCUAAUAAAUAGUGAAAUCCAACUCACCAAUAACAAAUAGAAAUAUAUAUUUAAUUUUUAUAUUAUUAAUAGGUAGU